AUGUUCGUACCCAUUCCAAUUAUUGUUCCCAAAAUUAUCCUGGCUGUCUUCCGGUUCCUGCUCACCAGCGCCUUCGGAGCAGUCCUCUCGUUUUACUCAAGUUUCAAUGGCGAAUACUCCAACAGCAUUCGAUGGAUACGUCAAGGCGGCUACUACGAGAUGUUGAAAGCUCUCUGGCACUCCCGUGGGCUGAAACCUCACAUGAUCAAGAUCACCAUGGCCGUCAUCUUCAUCCUGAGUCUUGCGUCAAGUUUUACGGACAAGCUGGCUGUGGGUUUUAUCAACCCAUCCGUGAAUCAGGGCAAACAUUCCUUUGUGAUGACUAGCAGCCCUCAAUAUAUCUUCCCGGAUAUAGCCACUACGUUCACCAAAUGGUCUACCGCUAUCCGCCCUGGAGAGGACGUUGUCAACGCUGUUUCCCGGAUAUUCAGCAACAUCGACAGCAUCCCUGGCGCCAAACCUGGAAGGAUUUACAUCCCCCGAACAUUCCCGUAUGAGGUUGCGUGCAACCAGCUGGAUCUCCUAUUGACCGAUACUAGUGGCCAGGCACUUGUCUCAUCCAACGGAGGCUGUGAAAGUGUUACUAUUGGAGGCGGUACAGGAAAUAAGGUUCUCUACGCAAAUGCAACCACUAUCCAAUUAUCCAAAGGACGAUGGUCCACUGCUGCUCCCACUGUUUGGGAGGGAUACCCCAAUGGAAUUAGCAUGGACGUGUCGAUCACCCGUCCUGGUACGAGGUGCGUUGUGGAAGAUUUCUCUGAAGCCAUUAUGAGCUCGGGGGAUCCAGAUAGCGGAUUGACAUUAGAGCCAACAACAAUGACCACCAAGUGCGUGUUUCCAUCAGGGGAGGUUGUCGUUCUCUCAGUUUCAUCAACACGUUUCGCUUCAUCGCCAGCCAACCACUUCCGAAAUACUUCGAUGGCUGUCUUCGGCGAAUUCGACGAGCUGCUACAGGCCAUGGAAAAGUCCGUCAACAAUCCAACUUUUGCGUUAACUACAGGGCUGUUUGCUGAAGUCGAGGUCAAAGGUUCUACAGCCACUGCGGUGAUAUGUGACUCGACGAGACCGCCCUCCUCUACCGUUUCCCGAUUGCUAUGUCUCUACACAAGCGUUGACAUGGUCGUCACUAAACCGCAGACUAUCGACCCCAUUAUAUCUGAGUCGCGCGAAGGAAAGCCGUUCUCUAGCGGGCUAUGCAUUAACAUGGCAGUGGUCGUCAAGCAUCUUCCGAUCGCGAUCAAUGAAAUCCAGCAGCCAAUACCUAUUUCAGUGCUCAAGAGCGCCUCGUCGAGGCUACUACAAUACGUUGUUUCGCAUGGCCAAAACGUGUACCUUGAUUGGGAGAGUAGUCAGCUUUACAUCCUGUUCGACACGACGGACUCAAAAGACGGUGUUGAGAUUCCGAUUUGGGUGAUCAUCUGGAUCCUGGGCAGCAUAGUCAUCUCUACUGUUGCCUGGGGGUUAAGCGAAAAGCGCCUGGAUAAAGAAUAUACAAGCUCCCUGUACAUGAAUAUCGCCAUGGGAAUCAGUUCUCGAACAUACACAACUGCCCCAGGACUGAUGCCUUUCAAAGAGGACCCUAUGGGCUUUGAGGGGGUCCCAAUCUUUUCUGAUCGCGCCAACGACCACAGAAAUACCGAUACUUCUACCAUCUCUCUUGUGUAA